AUGAUGAGUGUUAAAACAGAAAAAGGAAGGAAAGGAAAAAAUGAGGCAUAGUGUGCAAUCCUACAAUAAUACAAACAAGAAAUACAAUUGUUGAGAAUUUUCAGUGAGUGAACUGUACAAAUAUUGCUCAAACAGAGAUGCAUCAUGCAAAGACAUGAAACGGGAAGUUAGACUUUCUGAAAUGUAAGAGCUAACAGGAACCCAACUAUUAAGACUGUGGACUGUGUCCACUGUAACAUAAAAUAGAAUCGGGUCAUUAGUGAAUGAAAACCAGUCAUGAGGGACCAAUUAUAUCUUUUCAUCUUUAUGUUUCAUUUCAGUACAGGCUGUAUUGUUUCAGAUGUGAAGCAUAUAGAAAUAACAGCAUACUCAGGUGGUUCAGUUGUGCUGCCCUGCUCCUGUGCUGACCCUCAGUCUACAGUCACAACAUUCACCUGGGAGUUUGAUCGGGGAAAUCAAUGGAUUCAAGUAUUUCAAGAUGAGAAAUACAGCGGUAGACAUGUGCUGUUUAAUGAACGUUCUCCAACAAAUCUGUCUCUUCUCAUUUCUGACCUCAGAAUGAAUGACCAGGGCUACUACACCUGUAAAACCGAAUCAAAUAGUAUUACACAUGUUGACUUAAAAGUUAAAGGGUGUGAUUUGGUUGAGAAGAGAAAGAUAUUUGAAGUGACUGGAUAUUCAGGAGAGUCUGUGGUUCUGCCCUGUUCCUGCACUGAACUACUGGCUAAACCUGAACAGAUACAAUGGAUUUAUUUAAUUGAAAAUAAUUAUAAAGAAAUCUACCCAAAUGAACAGAUUGAGAAUUACAAGAACAGAGUCAAACUGUUAAAUUCAAACACUCCAGGAAAUCUUUCUCUGCACAUAUCAGCACUGACCACAGAGGACCAAGGGGAAUAUCAGUGUUCAGUCUCGUCUCAGCAAGUAGUCAGCUUCAGACUUACUGUACUUCACGCUGAAGAAAAACCUCACGUCAACACAAUCACUUUAACAACACAUCAAGCUUCACACCAAACACAAGACUCCACAACUUCACAACUUAAUCCGACUCAACAACAUACAUCUCGAAAUGUUUUCAUUCUGGGAGUGUUUUUCUCAGUGUUUCUACUGGCAUUACUGGCAUUUAUAUUAUGGAGAUGCAGAGGAGGCAGAAAUGAUAAAAAAGUGACCACUGAUGGUGGAGAGCUAAAGACAGAACAAGACAAUCAGGACGACGUGAUGUAUUCUACUGUAGUCCAUGUUAAAACAGCAUCCACAGCAGCUCACACACACAGUGACCCAGUAGAGCUCACAGAGUACGCUUCUGUCAACGUUAAGCGCUAAAAGAACUGACACCACUGUACACUUUUGAGUUUUCUGUAAUCUUAAUUUGAAAAAAGAAUACAAAUUCAUUGUUAGGAGGACAUUUUAAGUGACUUUAAAGCAUAUCAAGAAUGAUUGCAAAGCAGGAGUAAACAACUGAGGAAGCUGUGUUGCCUGUUUCUAUUUUUAGACACACUAUGUGCGUGCACUUUCAAGUGAUCACACAAAGUGACAAACCAUAGAGUGUUGGGUUUGGUGGUUUACAUAUUUUAGCUUUAAAAUCAGUGAUUACUCUUCAAUGUGUCAAAAUUGCUUAUUAAUUUGAGCCCCAUUGAAACCCAGAGAAUAUUAGUGAAGAGGAUUGCGCAAGAACAGCUCUUAAUGGUAUGUUUUUUGUUGGUUGUUGUCUCAUACUUUUAGAUACGCUGUUAUUUGUAAAUGCUACUGCUCAUGUUAGCUUUUAAUAUCCAGUUUUAUCUUGAUUAAAGAUUUAAUACUGCUUCCUGGUCCAGACAUGCUACACAUGUGCGGCAACAAACAA